AUGGCUGAGAACUACCACAAGGAGGCUAUUGCCGGCCUCAAGGACAAGAGCCUUUUCAUUCAGGAGGCUUUCAUCGACGGCAAAUGGGUUGCCAGGGACAACAAGUUCGAUGUCUUUGAGCCCUCUACUGCCACCGUCCUCGGGCAGGUAGCCAACUGCACCCUAAAAGACUUUCAAACCGCGAUCAGGAGCGCCGAUGCUGCCCAGACAAGCUACUUUGACACCACAACUGGCGCUAGCCGAGGUGCCCUUCUAAGGAAGUGGCACAAUCUGGUCAUUGCCAACCAAGAGGACCUCGCCAAGAUCCUUUCUCUUGAGAACGGCAAGACCUUCGCCGAGGCCCUGGGUGAGGUCAUCUACUCCGCCAGCUUCAUCUCAUGGUUUGCCGAGGAGGCCACUCGAUCCUACGGCGUCACUAUCCCUUCGUCUGCUCCUCAUACUACCCUUAUGACCAUCCGCGAGCCCGUCGGUGUUUGUGGUAUUAUCACCCCUUGGAAUUUUCCCGCUGCGAUGAUCACCCGCAAGAUCGCUCCCGCUCUGGCCGCCGGCUGCUCCGUUGUCAUAAAGCCUCCUUCCGAAACCCCUUACUCCGCCCUUGCCUUCACUAAGCUCGCCGUCGAUGCUGGUCUUCCUCCCGCCACUAUCCAGGUCCUCCCUACCCGUGACCGCCAGGCAGCUUCAGAGCUAGCUACCAACCACCUCAUUAAGAAGAUCUCUUUUACCGGUUCUACUAGCGUUGGCAAGUACCUUGCUAAGCUUGCUGCUGGUACCCUAAAGAAGGUGAGCCUAGAACUCGGUGGUAAUGCUCCCUUCAUCGUCUUUGAAGAUGCCGACCUCGACCUCGCUGCCGAGGGUGCCAUGUUCUGCAAGUUCCGAUGCUCCGGUCAGACCUGUGUCUGCGCCAACCGACUCUACGUUCAGAAGAGUGUCGCCAAGGAGUUCGCCACCAAGCUUAUCAAGAAAGUCAACGCCCUCAAGAUGGGUAAUGGUCUCGAUAAGUCUACUACUCAAGGUCCUCUCGUCAAUAAGUCCGCUGUCGACAAAGUCAGGGAACAUAUUUCCGAUGCCACCUCCAAGGGCGCCAAGAUUGCUAUCGGCGGCAGCACCCCCGAUAGCCCUGGUUUCUUCCACCAGCCUACCGUCCUCACUGGCGUCACCCAAGUGAUGACCGUCGCCAAGGAUGAGACAUUCGGCCCUCUAGCCCCUAUCUUCGAGUUCGAGACCGAGGAGGAUGCCAUUCGCCUGGCUAACGAUACCGAGUUCGGUCUUGCCGGAUACUUCUUCUCCAAGGACAUCAGUCGUGUUAUGCGCGUCGCCUAUAAGAUGCAGGUCGGUAUGGUCGGGGUCAACACCGGCAAGAUCAGUGCCGCCGAGGCUCCCUUCGGCGGUGUUAAGGAGAGUGGUUACGGAAAGGAAGGUAGUUUGUAUGGUAUCGCGGAGUACCAGAACAUCAAGUCUAUUACCAUUGGCAACCUCAACCUUUAA